AUGGGAAAGCUCGAGAAUGACUCCAUGAUAAACCAUUUCAGCCACGAACAUCCCUUGAAACUUCAACAAGUGCAAGCUCAGAUCGCAAGUCAAACCACAUGUCAAGCAUGUAAUCAGAGCGUUUGUGGAUCGGUUUAUUCUUGUGUCUCAUGCAAUUUCUACCUUCAUAAAACAUGUUCAAAUCUUCCUCGAACGUUAAAGCACAAGAGCGAUCAACAACAUAAUCUUGCUCUUUUAUCUUCUCCUGCAUACCCAGAAGGCGUUUUCAAAUGUAACGCAUGUGGAUCUCAAGGGGAAGGGUUCUCGUACCAUUGCCCCGAUUGUCAACUUGAUUUGCAUGUCGUUUGUGCUUCUAUGCCGCUCUUGAUAGACCAUGUCGCCCAUGGUGAUCACAAACUUAGCCUUUGUUUUAAACCACCUUACGAAAACCAAGCGUUCAGUUGUGAUAUCUGUAAGGAACCUGGCUCGAACCAGUGGCUCUACCGAUGUGGUUUAUGUGAGUUUGAUGCUCAUAUGAAGUGUGCCAAAGCUAGAACAACCACUUCUCGAUCAGUACUACCAAAGUCCACAAGUCUUCCUCACCAUUCCUCAACACCACGUCCACCACCAUCCCCAACUCCGGCACCACCACCCAUCCAAAUAUUUUACUCAUCUCCGUCGCCGGCACAGUAUCCUCAAGUACUACUGAAGUCUACAAGUCUUCCUUCUUAUGAAACUCACCAGUACUUCUCAUCACCACCACAACACCCAACUCCGCCGCCACAGCCACAUGCACAUAGUCAACCAUAUUACUCCCAGACGCAACAAUAUCAACAUCCUCAACCACAAAUGAGCCACUACCAAGCUACACCAACAAUGGGUGUUCCUCAGUACGUGCAGCCUUCAAGGCAGACUGGUUUAGUCAAUAACAUGGCUGGGCAUGCAGUUGAAGGUUUAGUCGGUAGUGUCGCACAGGAAAUAAUACAGGCGGUUUUCGAAGGAAUGAGUUCGUAA